AGUAUGUCAGCGAGGCUUUCUACAGUGACAGUGGACGAAAGCAGUUCGUCCAUGACGAUGGAGGAAGAGAGUCCAAAGACGAGUCGUAAAAGGACUCGCAGUUGCACUUCAGAAUCAUCAGACCAGAGUGUAAGUGACGAGACUCUAGAGCCGGUUAGAAAUAAUAUGAUAAGAAUCGGCGAUGGAAAUGCCAAAGUCCCAGUGAAAAUAUACACAUCCAUAAAGUGGGAUUCCUAUACAAUAGCUACCAGGAAACUAUUGACAGCCGUAUUUCCUCGCCACAUUCUGGCAACACAUUCUCUUACUGGAAAACGGUCACCAGCGUUCCCUAAUAGACCGGCCAAAGAGAAAUUGAACCCCAAACUUAUCAACGAUAUUGUAAAAACUGUCGCGGAAAAGUGCGGUGUAGCCGAAAAUAUUGUGAGAACGGCUAUCACCAACAAAUGCGCUGAUGAGGGUAAAAUGAUGCGUCAGCGGAAAAAGCAUAAAAUAGAAGAUGAUCAUGAAGAAUAGGUAGUUGGUAGGACAAGGGCUUGUCAGCAGUCUUCUAGAUGAUUGAGAAAGCAAAAUCUCGAUUGAAAGAAAAAUAAGUAUCUUUGUUUGUUUAUCGAAACUGUCAUAGACAAUAGAUUUUAAUAUUGUGUUCGUUUUAUAGAUGCAUCGAUUUCGAUCGAUUGUUCCAGCGAUUGUGGAUUUCUUUCCAAGAGCACAACGAGGGUGGUAAACAGUAAUUGGAAGAAAAGAAAA